AUGGCCAUCGACGAACAGGCAGACCCGGAAAAGAUUGCCGAAUCUUCGCCCGAGCAGGCUCGCAGACAAUCUGGUGUUGGCAUCCUCGAUGCAUCCACCGACAAGGUCAUCGAAGGCGGUGGUGAUCCCGAGUCUGAGGCUGCACCAGCAGAUGCACCCAAUGGAGAGGCAUCGGCGCACCCAGAGGUACCCGUCACGGCCUACUCGACCUUCUCGUCGGGCACCAAGAUGCUGCUGGUCCUGAUGACCGUCUUCGCCACCUUCUUCUCGCCGUUCUCAUCAUUUGUUUACCUGCCGGCGAUCACGCCCAUCGCCGAGGCGUACCACCGCUCGAUUGCCGACAUCAACUUGAGCGUCACUCUCUAUCAAGUCAUGCAGGCCGUCGCGCCGCUCGUGUUUGGCGACCUCAGCGACCAGCUCGGCCGCCGCCCUGUCUACAUGCUGACCUUUGCUAUUUACAUCGGCGCCAACAUCGGCCUCGCCCUGCAGAACAACUACGCAGCCCUCCUCAUUCUGCGGGCGCUGCAAAGCACAGGAAGCAGUGCCACGGUUGCCAUUGGCAGUGCUGUCAUGGCCGACUGCACGACCAGCGCCGAACGGGGCGGCUACAUUACUGCCGUGCAGGCCAGCGUCAUGUUCGCCCCCGCGCUGGCUCCCGUCCUGGGCGGAAUCUUGACACAGUUCUUGGGCUGGCGGUCGACGUUCUGGUUCCUGACGAUCAGCGCUGGCGUCUUCGUAGUUAUUUACCUGCCCUUUGUGCCCGAGUCGGCACGCAAGGUCGUCGGCGAUGGCUCUGUGCGCCCGCCGGCCAUCAACAUGUCCCUCACGACGGUACGCCACCUGCGUCGCCUGCAGCAGGAAGACCCCGAAGCCGCCGACGCGCACCGCCGCGAGCAGGAGGCCGCUCUUGCCAAGCUGCGCCGCUCGUCGGGCGGCUCUCGCAUCCCCGUGCCCAACAUCUUUGCUGCCGUGCGCAUCAUGUUUGAAAAGGAUGUCGGCCUGCUCAUGUUCUUCAUGUCACUCUUCGUCAUGGCCAACUACGCCAUGCUUGUGCCCCUCCAAGACGUCAUCCGUCGCCACUACAACUUCAACGAUCUGCAGGUCGGCCUCUGCUACAUUCCCUUUGCCGUCGGGUCCGUCGUCGGCGCCGUCGCCGUUGGCCGCCUGCUCAACUGGAACUACGCGCGUGUCGCCCGCAGCAUCGGCGUCUCGCCCGACCGCAAACGGGGCGACGACAUGCGCCGCUUCCCCAUUGAGCGCGCCCGCCUCGACCUCAUGUGGCCCUGGACCCUGUUGGCCGUCGCCAUGAUCAUUGCCUGGGGCUGGGUUGUCGCCGCCGAAGGCGUCAGCCUUGCCGGCCCACUCAUCGUCCUCUUCUUCAGUGGCGCUGGCCUUAGCGGCCCCAUCUCGAUUCUGACGACGCUGCUCGUCGACCUCUACCCAAUGAACCCUGGCCGUGUCUCGUCGACGUUCAACCUGACGCGUGCUGCUCUCAGCGCCAUCGGCACUGCCAUCGUGCAAUACAUAAUCGACGCCUGGGGCUACGGCUACACCUACCUGUUCAUGGGCCUGCUCGUGCUGGCCGUGAGUCCCGUCGUUCUGAUUGUGCGCCGCUGGGGACCCAAGUGGCGCGAGGAGCGGUACCAGCGCUUUGAAAAGGCAGCCGCGAAGAAGGCAUCCGAAUAG